AUGGCUCACCACAAUCUAUCUGGUUCUUUCAAAACAAAUAAACGUCGUCAUGUCGAUUCUAUAACGUCUGACGAAGAAGAAACAUCAACUGAGAUUGCAGAUUCUUGGCCGAGAUUCAUUGUCAUCGCAUCUGCUGAUGGCAAUCCUUUAAAACUAAAUCCUUUCGCUAUCUCGAAAGGCAUUCAAAGUGCCUGUGGAGAAGUUACCAAUGUUACACGUCUUCGUUCUGGUUCCAUCCUUGUGGAAUGUGCACGGAGACAACAAUCUGUCAAUCUGCUGGGUCUACAGCAGUUUGUUAACACCCAGGUUGUUGUUUCGGUGCACAGGACACUAAAUUCAAGUAGAGGCAUUGUCAGGGACCGCGCACGCUGUCUUUCUGACAUGGCAGAAGAAGAGAUUGCUGCUGAAUUGAAACAUCAAGGGGUCACUGCUGUUAAGCGGUUCAGUAGAAAAUCAGAAGAUGGAAAAUUUAUCCCAACUAACACGUAUCUUUUUACUUUUUGUCUUGCUAAAAUACCAAAUUCUAUUAAAGCCGGUUACUUUAACAUCGGAGUGGAGGUUUAUGUUCCAAAUCCUCUCCGGUGUUACAAGUGUCAACAGUUUGGACACGGGGCAAAAACUUGCACUCGCAAGGCCAGAUGCUUCCGUUGCAGUGGAAUUCACGAAGGUUCCGAGUGCACAGAUGAUGUCAAGUGUGCCAACUGCGAUGGGGAGCAUGUGGCCUCAUCCAAAUCAUGUCCAGUGUUCGUAUCAGAAUCACAGAUCUUAAAACUGAAGCACACACAAAAUAUUUCUUAUUCUGCUGCCAAACAAUUGGUACAACUUCCAUCAAAAUCACCCGCAAAUAUCACUUAUUCAGCUGCAAUCUCUUCUCUCCGCCGCCAGUUCUCAAAAUUACUACAGCCUCUACAUCCUGCCAGACUUUGA